ACACUUCUCAUGCUGGAGCAUAUAUAAUUUGUUUGAAAGUUUUUACAAAUGCAAGUUUUUAUGGUACCUCUAAGUGAUUUUGUUUGAUGAGUACUGAGGUAGUGGGUGACUAUGAUCUUCUCUCGGAUAAAUUGACAAUCAAUUUCAAUAUGAGUGGAGAAACUUCCUUACUCGGAUUGGCCGUGAUGAAAACACAUCAGAAUCUGAUGUUAGUAAUAAUCCCAAUGAUAUUCUUGAAUUGCGUUUUUGGGCCUCAUACAAAGGGCAAACAUUGGCUAGGACUGUGUGUGGAAUGAUGUACUACCGAAAAGCUCUCAUGCUUCAAGCAUAUUUGGAAAGGGUGGCAGCUCAAGUACAUGCAUCUUUAGAUUCUAAGGCUGCAAUUUCACCGAGCAAAGCAACUGAUACCCAAGGUUUUGAGUUGUCUCUUGAAGCAAGAGCUCAAGUAGAUCUCAAAUUUACCUAUGUAGUUACCUGCCAAAUAUAUGGGAAACAGAAAGAGAAUCAAAAGCCUGAGGCUGCGGAUAUUGCAUUACUAAUGCAAAGAAAUGAAGCACUUCGAGUUGCUUUCAUUGAUGAGGUUGAGACAUUGAUUGAAGAAGAACUUGCAAGCCUCUUCCACCAUCACCGCCCUUGGGUCAAAAGCUUUAUCCACAGUCCUAUUCGACUACUGUCGUUACUGCCAGGCUUAUCGAUGGAAAUAUAUUCUGUGAAAUUGCCUGGAAAUCCAAAGCUUGGUGAAGGGAAACCUGAAAAUCAAAAUCACGCUAUUAUAUUUACACGUGGGAAUGCAAUACAGACCAUUGAUAUGAAUCAGGUCAGAAAUCUUCUUGAAGAAUUUUACUGUGACCAUGGAGUUCGCCCCCCUACUAUUCUUGGUGUUAGGGAGCAUGUGUUUACUGGAAGUGUUUCUUCUUUAGCAUCCUUCAUGUCUAAUCAGGAAUCUAGCUUUGUGACUCUUGGCCAACGUGUUCUAGCAAAUCCUUUGAAGGGUGGUAUCAGCAAAGCAUCUCGUGUCAUAAAUAUUAUUGAAGAUAUUUUUUCUGGAUUCAAUUCAACUUUGUGUCAGGGCAAUGUUACUCACCACGAAUACCUCCAGGUUGGCAAGGGACGAGAUUUUGGACUCAAUCAGAUUGCUUUGUUUGAGGGGAAAGUUGCAGGUGGAAACGGGGAACAAGUCCUUAGUAGAGAUGUCUACAGGCUUGAAAGAGCAGAUAUAUUUGAUAAUGCUGCUCUCAAUGCACAGUUUCUUUUUCAGAUUGGUGUAUUUAGUGCAGUGCCAAUGAUUUUGGGUUUCAUCUUGGAACAAGGAUUCCUGAGAAUCAUCGUGCCUGCCAAUUUUGCGUCUGCNGAUGGAUGCACCUGAAUUUCUUGUCUCAGGCGUAAUCUGGGGUUGGUGAAACGAUUCAAGAAAGAGCAGAUAUAUUUGAUAAUGCUGCACUAAAUGCUGCUCUCAAUGCACAGUUUCUUUUUCAGAUUGGUGUAUUUAGUGCAGUGCCAAUGAUUUUGGGUUUCAUCUUGGAACAAGGAUUCCUGAGAGUAUGUUAUUCAUCUCUUGAUUUUCAGCUGUUAUCAUUUCUUCAAAAUGCAGCUAUUCCUUCAAAAAGUUUCUGUUUUGUAUAAUUGUUAUUCAUUUCUUUGGAAAUAAAUGCCAGAUCAUCGU